GCGCUGUUGCUUUUAUUUGAUUCGGAAAUGAACGGUUUGCCUGCGAGAAGAUGGUACCCUAUGGAUAAUGUUGCUCAUGGCCCAGGUAAGUGGAGUGAUAUAUUGAUAUGAUAUGCUGUGAUAUAUAAAUCAGCAUUACAGUAUAGUUGAAUUUGUUGGCUUUUCAAGCAUUCGCAUGCGGUUAAUGGUGGAAGGCUAAUUUGUUGUGAAGUCUUCUGUUACUUUGGUGGACACACAAGAGCAGGACGGAGAUAUCCCUGGCCUCUCUCAGCACAUUGUAAACUCCUCGCUAAUAAGAACAAUCUGUGUGCAGGCCAUAGAGGAAGGGGGAAACCGGAGGGGGAGGAGUACAGUGGAGAUGAAGAAGGAGGGAUUUCUCUCCUCAUGGUUUUUAAACACCGUCUGUCUGCACCAUUCCAAACCAGGCUCUUGCUGGUAAAGUGCAGAUGUGGAGCAGCAUACGGACAACUGGCGUUUCAGACGUGCAAUUCCCACACAGACACUUCAUCGGGACUUCUCCUCCUUAACCGCUGGAUGACCGUCGAGGUGAAAUGAAGCUCCUUCAUGUGAUCGCCAUCUCUGCCGCCUACAUCAGCAGCAGUCUGGCAUCACCGCUAACCUCAUACAGCUCGGCUGAGGGCAGCGCAGACGUGGAGGACCUCUACGUCGUCACCUCCUCUCUUCCCACUCAAAGUGUCUCAUUGGAGUAUUACCAGACAACAUCUGUUGGCCCCACCCACCAGGAAGCGGACUACCUGAGCAAGGUGGUGGACUUCCUCGAGGACAACAUGCUCCUCAUCCUCGUCUUAGCCUCGCUCCUUGUUCUUGUCUUCCUCGCUGUGUGCGGGGCGAUCGUCCUGAGUCGGAGGCGUAAGGUCAAUGCCUACUACCCAUCCUCAUUCCCGUCCAAAAUGUAUGUGGAUGAAAGGGACAAGACCGGAGGCGCUCGUGUCUUUCAUGAGCUGCCAGAGAAGGAAGCGGCCCGGCAGGAGAUCAAGCCAGUAGACUCUCAUAGGCAGCUUCAAGCAGACAUUAUGAGGGUGGCCAAGAAUCUGAGAUCGCCAACAAAAACUGGGGAGGGAGCCAGCAUUCCUGAGGACAAACCAUACAGAGACAUGAUCCUGGAUGAGGAGGAGCUAGCAAGUCCUGCUAAGGGAAAGGAGACAUGUGAAGCAGCUGCAGCAGCAGACUUGACUUCCCCUGUGGGACAGGAAGACGAGUCCCAGGUUGCGGUGAGAAGUCUGCGGCCUGCGUCUUUGCAUCUUCACAAUGACUCAGCAACAUUGCAACUCAUUGCAGGAGAGAAAACAGCGUUCUAAGGACUGGUAAACAAACUUUUCUACAUCUAGACUUUACCCCCUCUUCACUUUAUGAAGAUAUUUCGGACAGCUUGGAGAAGAACAGCAGCAGCAAACCAGCAGAUGCUCACAAAUGAACUACAAUUCCCCACAGGAUUGGAAGUAGCCGCAAAGGGGGCGUACUCCAUGUUUUUGUCUCUUAUCACUUCCUGUAGGUGAAAUGUCCCAAUACUUGUGUGCAAAAUGUGCUUAGAAUGGUGAUUUUCAAACAUGGCAUUCUAUAAGCGGCUCAUGCAGUGAGCACCUUUAACUGUAUUGUUGGCCAACAUCUAUUCUAUAGUCCAUUGUUCAUAACAGGAGACAUUUAAUAAAUCAUGAAUCUUUUUCUUAAGAAUAUGUUUCAGGGUAGUUUUAUUGAAGACUUUCAAAGUUAUAAGUGCUUUGUAUUCUUAACAGUCAGCACUCAUU